AUGAAAAGUACCUCGUCCCAAGUCCAAACACCAUCCAAAGGAACACCUUCAAAGCCUGAAGGCCCCAGAGCUCUAAAUCGCUCCGGAUAUAUUGACUCGGAUGACCUCGCCUAUUUCUUCUCCAAACAGACACCGACUAGUCAGGGUACCGGAACGAAUACCAGUGAGAGCGAGGUUUCGCCUUUUGGACUUCCCAGGCCAAGAUCUUUGCACAGGCGGGCUGCGUACAAUGGAAGUUCUCUUCAGGAAUGGGAUGGAAAUGGAAAUGAGACGGAAAUAGAGAGAGAAAAACCAGAAGACGGGCGGGAGAAGCCUGGUUUGGGCAAAAGGAGGCGGGGGGACAUCUCAGAUUGGAAUGAGAAGGUACACAACAAUUCUUCGGAUACUAUCAGAAAACCUUGUGGGCCAUCGCCAUCGUUGUCGAAUUUUACCGAUCCACCAAGACCGGCCAAGGAGGGCAUGGAAUGGGUUUGGUUUCCCGAAGGUUACUGGGCUGAACGAGAGAGAAAAGAGUUGUUUUCGACCUCUGAGAAGCAGACUUCAUUUCAGAAGUGGUUCAACAGAAAGGAUGACCAGUCAGAGGAUAUUUCUCCCACUUUGAUUCCUCAAAUCAAGAUUGGAAGCGUGACGGCGAACUCGAGGAGAGAGAGUACUAUGUCCAGGAAAAGCUUGACUGCGACGAUAGUAAAAUCUGGGAAGAAAAGUCGGCUAUCGUCUGCGGAUAAGGAGGGGAUAUAUGACAAGACAAAGAGAACUAUCGAGUCAAAGAUUCUUCGCAGAAAGCAGACUGUAAGAUUGAUACUUGAAAUGCCUUCCUUCUGUUAGCUUCGCUGACUUGGAAAGCCCUCUGGUUCUGCGGAAUCCGAAAAGAUUUCUUCCAAAUGUCCUAGAUCCCGGACAACAAUGUUGCUCGAGGGCACUUCAACGCAGUUGGAGAAAUUCAGGAAAGAACUUCUUGAAUUACAACAAAUCCACACCCCACCGCGCAGAACAUUUACUAGUCGAACUCCCACCUCACCGGAAACCAGACGACGUCGUGGUCUUGCCCCUUGGCAUCGUAGACAAUCCAAUGAAUCUAAUGAAUCUAUGUGGUCGGUGUCGAGUUCUGUACACAAAAUAUUGAUGGGGAAAUCUCCGGCAGCCAGUCCUGCUUCGGCUUCUGAUAGGUCGACAACGAAGUCCUUGUUGAAGUGUAAGAAACUUUUCCUCAUGAAAUGAUCAAUGAAAUAAUGUUGGGCUUAAGUUGCUGACUGGAUCUUUAGUUGACCCCUUGAACCCAAAAAAAGACACAUUCUUACCUUCAGUACGUAUCUUAUGUUAAAAGUUUUGGGGCCUAAAUCAGCUGGCAAUUAGCUCAUGACUGACUAACGUGUAUCACCCCAGGAAGCGACACGUAUCAAAACACCUCCCAUGACUCCUGGGACGCCUCCCACAAUUCCCCCACCUCGAGGGUUCUUCUACGACAAUAACACUCUCAGCCCGGACUUUAGCCCACGUCUCAGUCCAUCCAUCGAUGGCCCCGAACAGCAAGUGCCAACAAACACUUCUGGGUCACCCAUCUCAACACCCGGAUCUCGUCUACCAUUCACUGGAAUCAAACGUAGUAAUGGUCUAAGACAUAAGAGAAAGGUGGAAGGGCCCGGCUAUGGGGAGCUCGCCACGGGAAAGUUUGAACUUGAGAUACCAGAACAUCUUCCCAGCGGUCCUUUGUGCCCUAAAAAUCCUAAGCAUAAAAGUGGUGGGACGGGAAUUUGUGUUUAUCAUGGGCGUGCGAUUAGGGAGGUUAGAAGUGAAAUGUGA